AAAAAUUAUAUUUUUUUUAUUUAACUUGUUGUGAUAAAUAAUUAUUCAGUAUUUAAGAUAACGGAUUAUUAAUAUGAAGACUGAGGGAGAGGAGGUGGUGGGCGAGGGAGAAUGCGAAGCAACAAGAACGACGGGUACGGCGACGGGAGUAACGACAACGGGAAUGAUUUCGGACUUGUCACCUGGACCGGGAGUAAUGGAGUGCGGUGGAUGCGGUGAACGAGUCCGCGAGAGAACUGUCCUGUGCGUCGGCGGGAGAACAUGGCACUCGAGGUGUUUAAGGUGUUGUGCAUGCGCCAGGCCACUUCAUGAUCAACACUCUUGCUUCCUUAGGGGGAUGAGACUGUACUGCAGGCACGACUACGCUUUAGCAUUUGGUGCAAAGUGUGCAAAGUGCGGGCGGAGUGUAAGCGCCGGUGACUGGGUGAGAAGAGCAAGAGAAAGAGUUUACCACUUGGCUUGUUUUGCGUGCGACGCUUGUUCACGACAACUCUCUACUGGCGAACAAUUCGCCUUGUUGGAUGCACGAUUGCUAUGCAAGGCUCACUAUCUCGAUGUCGUCGAGGGCAACAACACCUCGUCUGAUGAAGGUGGUGAUUCCGAAAGUGGACAUAAAGGUGGCAAUAAAGCUAAACGAGUAAGAACGACAUUUACCGAAGAACAAUUAUCUGUUCUCCAAGCAAAUUUUCAGUUAGACAGUAACCCCGAUGGCCAAGAUCUUGAAAGGAUAGCACACGUAACUGGACUCAGUAAAAGGGUCACUCAAGUUUGGUUUCAAAAUUCGCGAGCGCGACAAAAAAAACAUUUACACACGGGGAAAAUGAAAGGACAACAUUCUCAUCAGUCUCCGCCAAAUUCCUCAGCUACAACUGGUGAUUUUGGUAGACAUAUCAAUCUACAUUUGACUUACUCAUUCCAACAUCAGCAGCAACAUCAACACAGCCAAGGACAUCCCAACCAACUGAGUCCUGCAGCAUGCAAAAGCCCAACGCCUUCAAUGUAUCAUAAUCAUGCCAUUGACGAUUACAGUAUUUUCAGGCUCGGAACAGUCGAUGGAUGAACUUUCACAAGACUCUAUGAUGCUUACAAUGUCCAAUGAAGUAUAAAAAAUGAAUCACUCCCAUAUCAAUUGAUUA